UGUCACGCUAUAUGUCGGGUUCUUUCUUUCCUUUGAUUCUGUUGCCGAAGUAAGAACUGGCCUGCAGAACUAAAUAACCAAUCAUGCCGCAGAAUGAGUAUAUGGAGCGCCAUCGCAAGCUGUAUGGCCGGCGAUUGGAUUAUGAAGAGCGCAAACGCAAGAAGGAAGCGCGUCUUCCCAAGGACAGAGCACGCAAGGCUCGCAAGUUGCGCGGCAUCAAAGCCAAGCUCUUCAACAAGGAGCGGCGCAACGAAAAGAUUCAGAUCAAGAAGAAGAUCCAAGCGCACGAGGAGAAGAAGGUGAAGAAGCAGGAGGAGAAGGUGGAAGAUGGAGCUCUGCCGCAUUACCUGCUCGACCGUGGCAUCCAGUCCAGUGCCAAGGUCCUCUCGAACAUGAUCAAGCAAAAGAGAAAGGAGAAGGCCGGAAAAUGGGACGUUCCCAUCCCCAAAGUUCGCGCCCAAUCGGAUGCUGAAGUCUUCAAGGUGUUGAAGACCGGCAAGACGAAGCGAAAGGCAUGGAAGCGCAUGGUCACCAAAGUCACCUUCGUGGGGGAGAACUUUACCCGCAAGCCGCCCAAGUUUGAGCGCUUCAUCCGACCCAUGGGUCUGCGCAUGAAAAAGGCCCAUGUGACGCAUCCGGAACUGAAGGCCACCUUCAAUUUGCCCAUCAUCGGAGUGAAGAAGAACCCUAGCUCCCCCAUGUUUACGUCGCUGGGAGUAAUCACUAAGGGUACGGUUAUCGAGGUCAACAUCUCUGAGCUUGGAUUGGUGACGCAAACUGGAAAAGUGGUCUGGGGCAAAUAUGCUCAGGUCACGAAUAAUCCGGAAAAUGAUGGAGUUAUCAAUGCAGUGUUGCUUGUAUAAACCGAAAACAUCAAUAUUCCUGCUGCCUACUUUAAGAUGCUUGAUUUAAUAAAACAAACAAAAUACAAACGAUUGUAUUGCUGAAUUAAACAUA